AUGCCCACGGUGGAUAAAUCAAUCCACCUUGGUCUUGGCUACGGUACAGUCGCCUCCUGAAAUUUGACGGCCAGAAGUGUUUUUUUUUUUCAAACGAACAUUUGGAAAAAUAUACCUAUUAACAACGCAGUACCUAACGUAUUUCCCCCCCCUGUUCACAGGCCAAGUGGAAUCGACAAGCAGUACGACCGCUGCAGUGGCUAUGACAGCCGGCGGCGGUGCUCCUGCCCUCGCGGUACCCGUGACCACGUCGACCAUGGGUUACGGCGGUCAUUACGUGGACAAUAACGGCUGUUCGCCGCCCAUGAUCACGGCCAAGAUGAUGAAAUACAGCCCGACAAGUACGUACUCGUCGCCGUCACCGCCCGGCGGCGUACACCGCGGCCAGCUGCUCGUCGAACACCAGCACCAGGGCCCGUCCGCCACGCUGCACCAUUACUCGACAGCGUACAAUUCCGCGGUGGCCGUGGACAUGUACAACAACGCAUGCACGGCGCAGGCCAUGCCGCUGCCGCCGCCGCCAUCAUACGAACAGGCCGUGCACGGGCCAGAGCCUCACCAUCACUGGUACCCGCCCUCGGUCAUGUCCGUGCAUCACCACCAGACCUCGGCCGCCGCCGACGGACUGCAGUGA